AGAAGCACUUAUUUUCUCCUCUCAACAUUUUCUCUCCUACUUACCCAGCAAACAACAACUGCAAAUGGCGGCAAGCUGGAAGAGCCACCACCACCGCUACCUGGGCGGCGCCGACAGGCUGAGCACGGCGGAGAUCGAGUUCGACGAGGAUGAGAUUUGGGGCAGCAACAAUAACAACAGCGUACCCGAAGCAAAAACUUUUCCAGUUUAUUCGAAUCCGCGUCCGCUGCGGAAGCCACUGAGAAAGGGCCACGUGGAUCAUUUAACUGUGGGCCCGAGAUCUGUACCGGUUAACGUUCCUGAUUGGUCGAAAAUACUGGGAGGCGAGUACAAGAAACGCGCCGGGGGUGAGUACGUGGAUGAUGAGGAAGGUGGAAAUGACAAAAUACCCCCUCACGAGUAUUUGGCUAGAACGAGGGUGGCGUCUUUCUCGGUGCAUGAAGGUGCUGGGAGGACGCUUAAAGGUAGGGAUUUGAGUAGGGUUAGAAAUGCCAUUUGGAAGCAAACUGGGUUUGAAGAUUAAUUAUUUUAUUAUUUAUUUAAUUAAUUACGUUUAACUUUUUUUUCUUUGUCUCAAAAUUUAGGCGUUGAUAUAUAUAUAUAUUCUCUCUCUGGGUUUUAAUUUUGUUAGGUUUGAUUCAGAGAGGGGAUCGAUCAUAUGUAAUUUUCUAAUUGUUUAGGACAAACAAAAUAUUUAAUUGUGCUUUAUGUAAUGCUACUACAGUUGUACUAAUUAUUUAUUUUUGUUGUUGUAAAAUUAUAUAUCAGGGAAAAGUUGCUGAUUCU